AUGUCGUUUGCGCAACCUCUCGCGACGCCUGUUCAGGUUCAUUUAGUAGGGUGCUCGGGAGACUGGGGGCGAUUCUCGCCUGACAUUGCCGCUGUGCUUCUCGGGCUUGAUACUCAUCCAGUUCAGACUCAGGAUAUAAUUCUUCGCGAGUUAUCACUAGAUAAGCGGGAAACGCUUAUGCGCACUGCGUGGAAGGUUUUCGAGCGCCUGCUUCUCCUUCUCGAGGCUGAGCACUGUGCGCCCCAAUUGGGAAAAGACCCUCGAACUGCGAUCGUCGGUCCGUUCGCUACAGAGGCUCUUCGCGAAAUCUUGCCAGGGUCACAUAUGCAUUUUGAAUCUUCCUACGCACGAGCCGUGUAUCCCUGUGAGUCGUACAUCUCUUCUCCCGCAAGCCUUUUUCCGCACCAUGGUCGCGCCACCUUCCUGACAACCCCGGUCUCAUUGACCGGCAGUUCGUCCUUGGUACAAGAUAUGCCCACCCGAGGUGUGACUACCCAAGAAGAACACGAGGAAGGAACAAGGCAGUGCUAUCGGUCUUCUGAAAUGCAUGAAUUGGACAAGCAAAGCAUUAGCGUCACCGGGGAGUUCUCCGGCGCCAUUCAUAAUCCGUUCUCUGACCUCACCAUUGCAUCCGACGACGAGCGCCAACAUUUCGGUGCUGCGCACCUGCUUUUACCGUGUCCCCCGCAUGAUCAAGUAUUAUUCACGCUGGUCUGUGUUGCGGAAGAGGCCGAGAUCUACAGUGCCAUGUGCAGCGCGCUCAUGCAGCGUGACCUCUUUGGUAUUCGCGAUGUGCUCGUCGGAUUUGCAUUCUCCCCCGAUGAGUGUACGCUUCAGCUGGUUCUUGGAUGGCUGGAAGAUGACAUCUCGCAUUCAUGCGUUCAUGUAGCCCACGCUGAUCCCACAAUCUACCGAGCGGUGCACGGCCUCGGCGUAUUCGACCUAUCUGACAGGCAUUCGGCUUGGGUGCAUGCACUAUUUCUCGCCACUCUUCGCCAGGCGCUAACCGCAUCCGCUUGCGCCGCGCGGACUCAUGCCCCGGAGACAUAUCGGCGCUUAUCGAAGGGGGACAACAGGUCCUGGCGCAUAGAUCUCAUCACGGAGGGUGGACACGUUGAGGGGUGCGAUACGGAUCCUCAUCAGCGUGUGAUGCACUGGCUCGCAAACUGCAUGAUUGCGGAAGGUUCGGACACUUUGCCACAUCCCAUCUUCGACAUGCAGCCGGGGCCUCUGUCAGUCACUCUCAUCUAUCCUAUCUUAUGUAUUGCUCAUAUCCGGUUCCAGGAUGAGAAGCAGGAGUCGCUCCUCGCAGAGAGGGUGCCUUCUUCUUCGUUGCAUUCGGUUCCCGAAGGUGUGGCCAUCGACUCUUGGGCAAACAAGUCUUUGCAAGAUCGGUAUAAUGAGCUCCUAAAACAGCAACUUGCUGAAACACCCAUUACUGCCUAUGCUCGAGCGAAGAGUGUCGAUAGUCGAGAUGUUACGUGUGAUCGUCCAACAGAGAUUUAUGUGGACCGCUGUAUCGCAUCUGCUGCGUUCCCGCCCGUGUAUCAAUCUGUGUACCUUAUCCCCCAGGUCUUGUAUAACGUCAUACAGAAGGUUCUCCUUCCCAGAUUAUGCCCUGUGCAUCCGCUCCCGUCCGUGAGCUUGACCUCGGCGGAGAAGAUAAUCCGAAACUACGACCACGAGAGAAAAUGCCUCAUAUACGACACUAAAGAAACUGGAGAAUUUCGCAUGCUCAACGCAGAGCAUACGCAUGUCUGGUACCGAUAUCAUAGCGAACUGGCCCUUCAGCAAGUGCUCCGGGCAUAUUGUGCAUUUGAUCUCCUGCUCCCCAUCGAUGACGACCAGUCGGCAAUCGCUCGAAGACUUCUCAUGGCACGACUACCCAAUACAUUGUAUCAGUCGGAACAGAUGUCGAGUGGCGCGGGACUAUGGCCUGAUUCGAACGAAAUGGAGUUUCCUAUCACUGCUGAGGCAGAGUUGGGUUAUCACAUGCACAGUCGGCAAGUCCUGGAACGGCGCACCCCGCUUUCUCGAAACACUCUGUUCGAUGUGAUCUGCAGCGAACGGGACAACAAGGAAGACGGAUCCGACCUUGAGCACGACCAUUACUUUGCUUUCGCCAGUGUAUACGCCAGCACCAAAUCUUACUUGUUGACCAAAUACAGUUUUCCCUCUCCGUCUUCAAUGAAAAUCCUGUCAGGUGACAAAUUGAUCAGUGACCUGGUGGAUGACUUUUCUUCCUCGAUGCAGGAUUUUUGUGCUCGCGCGGAUCGGAAUUUCAAGCAGGAGCGAAACUGGCGGACAACUGGGAUGUCUAUGUAUGUCAACCACUCAGCUAAACUGGAAGCGCUUUAUGCGCGUACGCUGCAGCACGAGUUUGACUAUGCCAUCUGCGAUGGUAUCGUAUUUGCCGAAAUCCCGAAUGUCUUCGAGGAUGUGGACCACCAUCUCAAGGAUCUGAUACUCAGUUCCUGGAUUGUGGGCACCUUCAAGCCACGUAGCUCAAAGCAUGAUCCGACGGAAGACUUGAAAGAAGAGGAUGCCAUUGAUAUCACAUCGCGAGAGGAUGAACCAUUGCGGGAUUCCGCGCCGCUACUAGCUCAAGAGAUUCGCCGGUUCACGCGUGCAAUGCAGCCUGCGGCAUUAUUGGCCGAUGGCGAGAUUCCCCAAGGUGCCACCACUGACUCACCAUCUGAUGCUCAGGCUGGGCAAGUGCCCUUGGCAAACGCCAGCCUUUCAAUGGCUGUCAGUGCCCCGUCUCAGAAGACGCCCAGCCUGACACCUACUGAUGCAGUCUCCGGUCCGAAAAUGGACCAUGCGGCUAGUGGCUCACCCCAAGCCGGGGAGUGGAAGUCCGUCUAUUUACCAAUCUUGUACUGCGAGUACAAACACGGUCGCAUUCAUCCGCUUCAGGGAUUGAAUCAAGCACGGGUCUACGUCUCUUCCGGCACCAAAUAUUAUGAGACGAUGGGCAUGUUUGAUGUGCCAGUCUUCGCCAUCGCCACCGUCGGGACGAAGGGCAGGCUCCUAUGUGGUUGGGCUGAACAAGUCCCAGCGCCGGACCCAACGCGGGAGGAGGAUAUAAUGAAAGACCCUGCUAUUAAAGUUAUUCACCGUAUUGCGGACACAAACUGCCCUGAAUGGGACCUUCGGAGCAGCUCGGACGCCAUUGAUUUCGCGUCUUUCCUCACGCUGCUCCGCACCAGACAUAUACCAGAUGUUGUGCGCAUUUUUAACCAGAAGAGGGCCGAGUACCUGGAGGCGUGGCGUGACGAGUCCAAGCGGGAGCGCUUUUGGUGGACCAUGAAACACCAGCGCAAGAGCCAGGCAUACGCCGACGCACAGAAGAGGUUGAAGAAUGAGGACACGAAACGCUACGAGCAACUACAAGAUGAGAUGCGUGCUAUUCUUGAAGAGAAUAGGAAGCUGAGGGACGCCCAGGUGCAGCGGAUGGCAGAGCGAGACCAGAAGGAGGCUGAUGAUGCAGAGUGGCAACGCCGGCGAGAUGAGCAGAGAGCAGAGAGAAAUGCAAGGGCUGAGAGGCGUAGUCAAUCGAGAGAGGAGUAGCCGAGGCUAGAGUG